CGAAAACAAUCGUUAGGUCCAAAUCAUGUUGAUGUUGCUGUUUCUUUAAACAAUCUUGGUUUGGUGUUUGAAAAAACUGGAAACUACGACAAAGCUAUAGAGUUUCUCGAAAAAGCUCUAGAAAUUGGAAAACAAUCGUUAGGUCCAAAUCAUGUCGCUGUUGCUCAGUCUUUAAGCACUCUUGGUUUGGUGUUUGAAAAAACUGGAAACUACGACAAAGCUAUAGAAUUUUACGAAAAAGCUCUGGAAAUUCAAAAACAAUCGUUAGAAAUCACAAGUGGUGAUGAUGCUGAUGCUAAAGAUGUCGGAAAUUCUCCUGGUGUUGAAAAUACAAAACAAGAAAUCACAAGUGGUGAUGAUGCUAAUGCUAAAGAUGACGGAAAUUCUCCUGGUGUUGAAAUUACAAAACAAGAACUCACAAGUGGUGAUGAUGCUAAUGCUAAAGAUGUCGGGAAUUCUACUGGUGUUGAAAAUACAAAACAAGAAAUCACAAGUGGUGAUGAUGCUGAUGCUAAAGAUGUCGGAAAUUCUCCUGGUGUUGAAAAUACAAAACAAGAUACAAAGAAGACGUCCUGUAAAGUGGAAAAACUUGUCACUUCUGGUGGUGGCAAUUUAAUGAUGGAGGAUGUUAUCUUUGAAAUUGGUCCUGGCUGUUUAGAAGACAGUACAAUGAUUAAGUUGGUCAAGGUUAACAAUCCAAGCUACAUCAAAAGUUUGCUGGACUUGGAACUUCUUCAAAGUAGCAUAUGUCAUCUGCAAUGUCUUCCUAACGGCCUACGUUUCUUAAAACCUGCUCAAUUGCAAAUUAACAUCAAUGGGAAGAGAGGAUUCUCAGAAACAGCUUUGGAAAAGAUUGUUGCUCUUUAUGGAUCCUAUUCGAAUGAUAAGCAAAAAAUAGAAUGGCAACAGGUGGAAGACAUUGAUUUGAUUGAAUCGAGGAUUUUGUUAAACAUUACAAAGUUUUCUUGGUACAGCUUCAUCGAAGCUUUUCGUUCACUUAUUCCUCGUAUUUUAUGUCAUCUCAACCAUUUUUUUCCAUCUUAUGCCUAUGUAUUCCAUCGAAGAUCAUCAGAAAUGGGAACAUUAGAUAUUAAAGUUGUCUUUGUGACCUCUUUCGUGCGUGAAAAGUUAGGAGAUUCUCCAAUGAUAAAAUUGGCCAAAGAUUGGGAAGACUUCCACGUAAAUAAUAACAAUGAAGAUAUCAACUAUAUCAACACUGAUCGAAAUCAUGAAAUACAGCUUACUUUUCAGGAAGAGGAGCUUGAUUCAUACACUUUUAAAAUAGAUAUUUCAAAGCUUGAUAACGAUGGUUUUGUUGUUCAUCACUUUAAAAGAAUUCAAGUAAAUUUUCCUGCUAAAGGAUAUUUGGAGGUGAAAGAAAGUGGAAACAGAAAUUCGAAGUGGAAGCUGAAUGUCGACGAAGAAAACUCACAGGGAGCCGUGAUAAAUAAAGAAUUUGUGUUGCAAGAGUGGAAAUACAUUGAUGAGUCAACGAAACAUAGAGAAUUGUUUUUAAAAUUGAUUCAUUAUGGACGCAAUUCCAGUGUUGAGGUUAAAGUGGUGGGCAAUGUACGAGUAAUUUUCUCAGAAGAGUUUUGCAUUGGCAAGGGAAGUGAUGGAACACGUGUUUAUCUUGGACUGGGUAAGGAUGGUUACGGUAAAGCAGUGAAACAAAUACGUCGAGAUAGCUACAUCCAGCUUGCGCUGCACGAAAAGAAAAUUUUGAAUGAAUUCAACGCAAGAAAGUCGAAAUAUGUUGUGAAUUAUUCUUUCCUAGAGGAAGAGACUGGAACAGAAUAUGUAUAUUUGAUAUUAGACUUAUGUGAAGAAUCAUUGGAGAGUUUUGUCAAGUCUUCUACUUUACAUGAUCUUCAAAAAGCUGUUCCCGAAAUUCUCAGACAAAUUUUACAAGGUUUAGUUGAUCUUCAUAGCGGCCCAAAUCCUAUUCUUCAUCGUGAUUUAAAGCCCACCAAUGUUCUUCGAGAUUCACAAGACAACUUUCUGAUAGCUGACUUUGGCAUUAGUCGAAUAUUGGAUAACGAUUCUACGACACAUGAAAGCAAGCCUAACAUGGGAACUGAGUAUUGGAUUGCUCCUGAAUCAUAUUGUGAAGAAAAAGAUACAGUCGAUAAAGGACGGUACAAGAAAGAGUCUGAUGUAAUGAAUGCAGGAAUGGUAACUUAUUAUAUUGCAACAAAAGGAAAACACCCGUUUGGAACUAAACGGCAUAGGUUGGACAAUAUGUUAAAUGGAAACCCUGUUGGCUUGGACGAAAUCAAGGAUGAAACACUGAAAGACCUUUUGUUGUGGAUGUUAAACCGAGAACCCGAAGACAGGCCAUCAGCCAAUGAGGCGUUAACACAUCCAUUUCUUAUGUCGGAUGACGAGAAAUUUGACUUAUUAUGUAAAGUUGGAAAUCUUCAGCAGAUUAAGACAAAUGAUCCCCAAUCAAUUGUUGUUCAACAAUUGAAUAGUGAGCCCUCAGACUGGAAAAGUAAAAUAGACAGUGAUGUUUAUGAUUAUUGUAGAACGGACGUGGUGACUGCAAAGACUUUUACAUAUGACUCUUCAUGGACAGAAUGUUUAAGACUUAUUCGAAAUAUUAACCAACAUUGGCACGAUCGACCACGGCCAAGACCUCAACCAGAACCAUUUUAUAAGAUUGGUAAUCACAAGGCGUAUAUUCUCAAAAAAUUCCCUAAUCUCCCUGUUCGAGUGCAUGCUACUGUGAGGUCCAAUGAAGAAUUGAAAAACAAUCCAGAUCUCAAGAACUUUUUCAAUUUCAGUGAAAGAAACCACAUUAAAAAUAAACAGUUUUUAAACAGUAAAAACAGUUUGUGAAAAGGCAAGUGAACAUAAAAGAUACAGUGUAAAAUAGAAUUUACUAAGAUUGAAAAAGACAAAUAAAUUUUUUACGUAUAUGAUUA